CUUGCAUUACUUUUGCUAAUAAUAAAUAUUUAAAAAUUGUUAAAUUAUUUACCUGUCACGUGUGUAUAUAUUAAUUGUUAAUUUAAAUUCUUAUAUUCUAUAACAAUACGUAUAUCAUAGAAAAUAACAAUUCUAAAGUAAUGAAAUAAAACACAAGUACGUGUAAUAAAGAUGGAUAAAGUAGUGGCAUAGAUGAUUUAUAUUAUUACCAUUAUGUUUGUUCAUAUUUGAUUAAUAAAAAUAUUGGUAAUAUAUCAAUAUGAAGAUACUGUUUCAAUUGGUAAUAAUUUGUUAUGUUUGUAUUGUAUUAUUUUUGUUAUUUGGUUUCAUUGACGCAAACGAAGAUCAAGUGUCAAACCAUCGUCGUCCAAAGAGGUAUCUAGCGUUCAGGAAUAUAACGCAUUUUUUCAUGCGUCUCAAUUUUAAAGCCAAUAUGGUGUGGUGGAAUCAAAUAUUCGCACAAGCACUAGGGUUCCGUAUGAAUUGGGACGAACCACCGGACUCAUUUCAUCCACACCAUCAUUUAUACAGAAGAACUGUUUAUGAAAAUUUGGAAACAUUAUUGGACAGAAACGGAAUAAGUGGCUACCACUGCGUACGGCGGGCCAUUUGUGAAAUGAGAUUGAUCGGCGAGCCGCGCGGAGUUUACUAUAAAAUUUUAAAAAUGGUAUUCAGGCAACAGUCCUUAGCGACCGACAAAUGGCAUAAUGUAACAAAACAAGAAUGUCCAAUGUCCAUAAAUUUAUGCCCAUUGUCAUUACUGGAAGUAUCACUUUACACGGACGUGUAAACCAAAAGAGAUCUCAAAGUGUCCUAAAAUAAAGUCGAAUUUUAAAUGUUCGCAAAAUAAUAUGUAGCGGACCGAAUCGUUAAUUUCCAAAUAACGAAAAAGUUUAAA